AAGGUUGUUGAAGCAGGCCAUUUGAAAACUGCAGUAUACAUGAUUGGAACCACUCAAAACACUCAAAACACUUCUGCAGUAAAUGUUCUCAAGUUCUUUGAUCUAACCGAUGGUUUGGAAUUGAGCUGGGCUCAUGCGGUGAACAGUCAGUUAAAACUUAAGGAAGCCUUAUCUGGAAAGAGUAUGAUGUUAGAGGCAGAUAUACUUCUAUGUCCCAAAGAUGGAACACCAAUAAUGGCACAUCCACCCAACACUGACAGUGAUCUUUCACUCACUCGGUUUCUGGAAAAAACUGUUGGUUCGAAUAAAGGACUUAAGCUGGAUUUUAAAGAAACAGCUGCAAUUGAGCCUUCACUAAAAAUUCUUACCAAUCAGAUCACAGAGCAGCAUGGUGCAACUAUUCCAAUAUGGCUUAAUGCAGAUAUCCUCCAUGGUCCCUGUCAUACAGACUGUAAUGAUCCUGUUGAUCCAAAAGUGUUUCUUUCUCUCUGUGCAAAAUAUUUCCCUUCAGUUACAUUAUCAGUUGGCUGGACUACAGGCAGUCAUAUUUCUAAGGAAAAUGAUGGUUAUGAUUGGCAUCUCAUUUGGCCAAUGAAAGAGUUGCUCUCAAAUUUGACUCAGCCAAUCACUUUUCCAAUUAGAGCCAAUUUGAUUGGUAAUUCAAUAGAGCAGUUAAUAUGGCUUCUUGGUCUCUCUGAUGAGUACACCUUAACAAUCUGGUCAGGAAACUUUGACACUCCAAACAUGAAAGACCUUGCCACUCUGCGUAAUAGAGUGUCUGACAAAACAAGGAUCUUUUAUGACCUGCCUUUAGAUCAGGAAACAAAAUUCAAGGAAGAACUACAACAUUACAGAUAA